CCGCGGGCAGGAAAUGACGCAAUGCCCGGCGGGCGGGGAUGACGCGGGGCGGGCUUCCUGCCGCGCGCGUUCUGUUCUCAAUCUGGUCCGGCACUCUUGUAUAUUAGGGGGACAGCCAGCCUGCGGAUACCAGAGGCUGUGUCUUCACACCACGGUUGCCAUGUCUGGGAGAGGGAAGGGUGGUAAGGGUCUGGGCAAAGGUGGCGCGAAGCGUCAUCGUAAGGUCCUGAGAGACAACAUCCAGGGCAUCACUAAGCCGGCCAUCCGGCGCCUCGCUCGGCGUGGGGGAGUGAAGCGGAUCUCGGGUCUCAUUUACGAAGAGACUCGGGGUGUCCUGAAGGUGUUCCUGGAGAACGUGAUCCGGGAUGCCGUCACUUACACGGAGCACGCCAAGCGCAAGACGGUCACGGCCAUGGACGUAGUGUACGCGCUUAAGCGCCAAGGCCGUGGUGCCCCCACCAAAAUGCACGUGCGCUCGGGCCGCUUCGCCAUGGCUCGUACGAAACAGACCGCCCGCAAGUCGACCGGCGGCAAGGCCCCGCGCAAGCAGCUGGCCACCAAGGCGGCCCGCAAGAGCGCGCCGGCCACGGGCGGCGUCAAGAAGCCGCACCGCUACCGGCCGGGCACGGUGGCCCUGCGCGAGAUCCGGCGCUACCAGAAGUCCACGGAGCUGCUGAUCCGCAAGCUGCCGUUCCAGCGGCUGGUGCGCGAGAUCGCGCAGGACUUCAAGACGGACCUGCGCUUCCAGAGCUCGGCCGUCAUGGCGCUGCAGGAGGCGAGCGAGGCCUACCUGGUGGGGCUCUUCGAGGACACCAACCUGUGCGCCAUCCACGCCAAGCGCGUCACCAUCAUGCCCAAGGACAUCCAGCUGGCGCGCCGCAUCCGCGGGGAGCGGGCUUGAGAAAAAAAAAAAGAGAUCAGGACAGCCAACACAGAGGGAUGACCAUAAGAGAGGCAUGUGAGAAGGCAGCCAUCUUCAAGUUGAGGAGAGGCCUCAAAAGAAACCAACCUGAUGACAAAGAUCUUGGACUUCUGGCCUCUAGAACUAACCUAACAGCACGAGUCGCCAAAAUGAUAGACUACAGUUCCCGUGAGCCCUCACGUGGCGUCUGCCCAUUCUACUAUCGCGUAGCGAGGACUCCAUUUCCCAGAGUGCCUCAGGAUGCGACGACGACCUUACUCUCCGAGAACUUCUGGGGUCCGGUGACUGACACGCGACUGCGGUAGCCGAGGCUGAGCGGAAGGUCGCGUCUGUCUGUCCCGGAGCAGCGCGGGACUGGGAACCAUCGGUCCCGUCGAGGCAGCCAUUCGCACAAAGUUGGAGCAGGCCUUGAACCCCGAGGUGUUGGAGCUGCGCAACGAGAGCGACGCCCAUGCGGUCCCACCAGGCAGCGAGACGCAUUUCCGCGUGGCGGUGGUGAGCUCUCGCUUUGAAGGACUGAGCCCCUUACAACGGCACCGGCUGGUCCACGCCGCCCUGUCUGAGGAGCUGGCUGGGCGGGUGCACGCACUGGCCAUACAGACACGGACCCCCGCCCAGUGGAAGGAAAAUCCUCAACUAGACAUGAGCCCCCCUUGCCUGGGUGGGAACAAGAAAACUCGGGGAACCCCCUGAGCCCCAAAGGAGGGAAGGCCAGGAUUCUAAUGGUUUGUCUGGGAAUAAACUACGGGCUUUCUGCCAAUAUGGUCUGGUGUUUGUAAGCGAUGAGAGGCCCCAUUCAACCAGUGCGUACAUUCUCUCUGGACAUGACUCAGUUUAGAUCAAAGCUAUCCAAGCAAAGAGUAGAAUCACUCUCCACCCCCCUUGCCCUGAUCUAUUUAGGAAAAGCUGCCUGGGCGUUUCAUGUUAAAUUGUGACUAAGAUAUAUGUUGGCAAAUUGAAUUUAAUUUUUUUUAAAUGCAAAUUUAAAAAAAAAAAAAAAAAACCUAUGGCCCCAUCAC